CCCUAAACCCCUUUACUAUCCUUUCUUCUCCUCCUCUAGCCGAUAUACUCCAGCAGGACCAGCAUAAUCAAGGGAGCAUUGUGUAUUCGACUAUUUUUCGAUGGCUCUGUAUCUGCUGUACGAGGCAGCGUCAGGGUAUUCUCUAUUUGUCGCCAACGGACUCGAUGAAAUUGGGCAAAACACAGAGGCUGUUCGGAACUCCGUUGUUGAUCUUAAUCGGUUUGGGAAGGUCGUCCAGCUCACAGCUUUUCACCCUUUCGAUUCUGCUCUAGAUGCACUCAAUCAGUGCAACUCAGUAUCUGAAGGGCUUAUGACCGAUGAGUUGAGGAACUUUUUAGAGCUUAAUCUCCCAAAAGUUAAGGAAGGUAAGAAGCCAAAGUUUAGCUUAGGACUUGCGGAGCCUAAAAUUGGGUCACAUAUCUCUGAAGCGACUAAAAUUCCUUGCCAAAGUAAUGAGUUUGUUCUUGAGCUUCUUCGUGGGGUUCGGCUACAUUUUGAUAGGUUUCUCAAGGAUCUGAAGCCUGGAGAUUUGGAGAAAGCCCAACUUGGUCUGGGUCACAGCUAUAGCAGGGCCAAAGUGAAAUUCAAUGUGAAUAGAGUCGAUAAUAUGGUUAUACAGGCUAUCUUCCUGCUUGAUACUCUUGAUAAGGAUAUUAAUUCCUUCUCCAUGAGAGUCAGAGAAUGGUACUCUUGGCAUUUUCCAGAAUUAGUGAAGAUAGUCAAUGACAAUUAUCUCUAUGCCAAAACUGCAAAAUUUAUUGAGGAUAAGGCGAAGUUGUCUGAGGAAAAAAUCCCUGAAUUGACUGACAUACUUGGAGAUGAAGAUAAAGCAAAGGAGGUUGUAGAAGCUGCCAAAGCAUCAAUGGGACAAGAUUUAUCUCCCAUUGAUUUGAUCAAUGUGCAUCAAUUCGCUCGACGGGUAAUGGACCUUGCAGAAUAUAGGAAGAAGCUAUAUGAUUAUUUAGUUGCAAAAAUGAAUGACAUAGCCCCAAAUUUAGCCUCCUUGAUUGGGGAAGUUGUUGGAGCUCGUUUGAUUUCUCACGCUGGUAGCCUUACAAAUUUGGCCAAGUGCCCUUCUUCCACCCUUCAGAUCCUUGGCGCAGAGAAGGCACUUUUCAGGGCAUUGAAAACCCGAGGAAACACACCAAAGUAUGGUUUGAUCUUUCAUUCGUCAUUUAUCGGCCGAGCAUCUGCUAAGAACAAGGGUCGCAUGGCUCGAUAUCUUGCAAACAAAUGUUCUAUUGCCUCUCGAAUUGAUUGUUUUUCAGAGAGCAGUUCUACUACGUUUGGCGAGAAACUUCGUGAGCAGGUUGAGGAGCGACUGGAUUUCUAUGACAAGGGAGUUGCACCUCGUAAAAACAUUGAUGUGAUGAAAGCUGCUAUUGAGAUCCUUGAAAACCAAGAUAUGGAAACAGAAGAAGCACCAAAGAAGACGAGCAAGAAGAAGAAAUCCAAGUCUGAUGCUACCGAAAAUGGUGAACUCAUGGAUGAGGAUAAGCCAACUGGUGAUGCUACUUCCGAGGAUGAAAAAUCAGUGAAGAAGAGUAAAAAGAAGGAGAAGCGAAGAUUAGAGCAAGAGCAGACGGUUGAAGAAGCCAAUGGUUCAAAUGGGGUUGACGCUGAGCAUGAUGGAACAGCCGCUAAGAAGAAGAAAAAGAAGAAGAGUAAAAAUGAAGAUGGAGAGGGCUUGCGGACUGCCAGCAGCGCCAUUAAAAAGAAAAAGAAGUCGUCCAAAGGUGAAGUUGAUAAUUGAGUCUUCGUGAACGCGCUAGCUAGCCUCUAUGGCUUACUAUAUUUAUAUUGUCAAAUGUUUUGAGAAAUCUAGUUGUAGAAUUGUUCCAUUUCUGCUUUUUUGGUUGAGUAUCUGAAUGUUGAGAUUAAGUAUUUAAGAACUUGGCAAAUAUUAAUCCUUCCAUCUUUUAUCGUCGGCACCGACGACGCGAUUCUUCCCUUGUAUUUGCAAUGUGUACCUACCUGGUCCUCAGCUGACAAGGGAACAUGGUGUCAAUGGGGCAGCUGAUUCUAAAAUGAAGUUUUCAAUAGGCCUUUGACUAUAUUGAAGCUUUUCUACCUGA